AUGGUGAUUGCUGGUGUUGACGAGCCGUCGCCAGAGCGCGCUGCCGCCUGGUCGGCUGUGGUCGCCAAGCCCCUGUCGGAACCCGAAAGGGCGACCACGGCGAUGAAGCCCCCUCUCCCUCCUGCUCCGAAGCCCGCGUCAGCAGUCUCUGAAAAGACUCCUCCCCUCGCACACGAGGCUCCCGUUGCCGUGAUUGCUCUUGUCCAGUCUGAGCAUGUUGCUGCUCUCUCCCCUCCAGCUGUUGUUCCCGCUCCGCCGGCUGAUGUUGUUGUACCGUCAGUACCUGCACCUGCUGGGGCCGUUGCUGAUCCCCCGGUUCCCGUCCCUGGCGCGCCCGUGGCGCUGCCCGCUUCUGCCCCCGGCGAGCCUGCUCUGGCGCCUGCUUUGCCGCCAAAGGCGGCGUCCGCCACCACUGGCGUCCCGGCUCCGUCGGUUGCGCCUGCGGCGGCGGGUCAGUCCGCCCCCGCCGUGACGGCGGUGGCUCCUGCAGGCCAGCCGUCACGCUCUCCGUCGCCUGACCGUCGCUCGUCGCGCCCCCAUUCCCCCGCUCCCCACCAGGACCGCAAGUCGUCUCGUCGCCGGCGUGAGUCUCCACGGCGGUACCAGCAAGAGUCGCACUGGGGGUCAAGGGGAUUGGAGGGGUCCCCGCGCUCGUGGCGGGGUCUCCACGCUCUGCUGCUAAUUCAGGUGCUGGCCCACUCGUCUCUCCCUCUGAUCCCUCCUGAGUCCUUCCGUGGCCGCCAGCGGGACUCUUGCCUGGACGCGGCGGACCAGCUCGCGGUGCUGCUGGUGCCCGUGCUGGCUGCGCCCGUGGAGGGUGGCGCUGCUACUGCGGGACAGCUUGACGAGGCUGUCCGGGGCCUGAGGCGGCACUUGCGCGCAGGAUCUGGAGCCGCGGCGAUCGGCGCAAGCACGCUUGUGGUCCGGGAGCUGUGGCGCUCCCUGACGGGCGUUCUUCACGCCCUUGGAGCUCACCGCAUGUAG